AUGGUCUAUAGUAGCCAGGUGCCACACUGGCUGAAGAGAGAGGAGCGCGUCUCCUUCAGGCUUACUCAGGUGCUGACCGGUCACGGUUGCUUUGGUGAGUACCUAAAUAGGAUUGGGCGAGAGGCCACGACAAAUUGCCACCACUGCGGGGAUGACCUGGAUUCCGCACAGCACACGCUCGAAGAAUGCUCAGCAUGGGCCUCUGAGCGGCGCGUCCUGGUUGCCAAGAUCGGGCGAGACCUGUCUCUGCCAGCGGUAGUUAAGGCUAUGCUGGCAGAUACAGAAAAUUGGAGGGAAGUAGCCUCCUUUUGUGAGACAGUAAUGUCCCAAAAGGAAGCUGGUGAGCGGGGUCGCGAGAGGGCCGAUCCUGCUCGUAGAAGGCGUCGAGGAGGUAACCACCUUGACGCCUAA